AUGACAAAUACGAAUACUCAAGCGAGAACCAAAACCUGCGGGUCCACGGUUGGAUUUGUAUGGACCCGCCCGUGGGGUUCUGGCAAAUAACUCCCAGUGAUGAGUUCCGAUCUGGUGGACCCCUCAAACAGAAUCUCACCUCCCAUGUUGGCCCCACUUGUCUUGCUAUGUUUCUUAGUGCUCACUAUUCGGGAGAGGACCUGGUGCUGAAGCUGAAACCAGAUGAGCCAUGGAAGAAAGUCUUUGGCCCUGUUUUCAUCUAUCUUAAUUCUCUUACGUCCAAUGCAAAUGAUGAUCCAUCACCACUCUGGGAGGAUGCAAAACACCAGAUGAUGACAGAAGUGCAAAAAUGGCCUUACGAUUUCCCUGCUUCCAGUGAGUUUCCACUGUCGGAUCAACGGGGUAAUGUUAGAGGUAGAAUACAGGUUCGAGAUAGGUACUUAACCAAAUCAAACUUUUCUCUGUCUAUUUUCUGCCGUAUGUCCAAACCUUAUAACAUUGAAUUGUUUGCUUCUACUUGCGUCUUGUUGUUGAAGAAUGUAGAAUUGACGUGAAAUUGAGGUUUAUUGUGUGGUGAAAUUGAGGUUUAUUGAGCGUGUUUAAAAAUAUAAAAUCUCAUAUAAAAAACAUGAUAAGAAAUAUAGUAAAUGAUUUUGCAACUAUUAAUUUUGAGACAUUCUGUGAUAAAACCACAUACUUGCCAUGCUUUGCACCCAAAUUAGAUUGUUAGUAUUAGAAGGGACUUGAUUGACUGCGCCCGAAUUACUAAAUUAUUACUCAAUGCGAGAUAUUCACGU